AUGGCAGAAUGCGAAUUGUAUUGCAAUUUUCGAAAAUGUCGCAAAGUCCUGGAAUACGUCGGAUACAUGACGAGUUGUUCUCACGCCUUUUGUUCAGAACACGGCUUAAAAAUCCUGAAAGGGGGCGACCCGAACUCUUUGAGGUGCCCCGCUUGUAACACCAUCAUGAUUGAAGGGACUGACAUUGUUAAAACCAAUCUGAACCCGACGGAGAAAUACAAAUCGAUGAUACUUGCUGGUAUGAAACCAGACGACGCUCUAGAAAUUUGUAUCAGAUCAAUACGGUUCUGGACGUUCCAGAAUGCUCAAGAGUUGGAACGUUCGAAACAUGUGACAGAGCACUUGAGGACUCGUAUAGGUUUCUUGCAGACAGAAUUUCAGAACUGUGAACGACAAAAGAAGCACUACGAGGAACAGAUGAAGCAGGUGCAGACUGUUUUGCAGAAGCAGAAGGUGGAGCUCUUGGAGAAGAACAGGAUGAUACAGAAGCUGCAGAUCGAUUUGGACAAUGAGAAGAGGAUGAAGAGGACUUUGCAGAAUCAGCAACAGAGUUUCCGAUAUGAUUCCCCAAUGCACAUACAAAGAUCUCAACACAAUUUAAGUCCACAAGACGAUAUGCAUCAUAACAUCGAAGAUGCACAACCAUUUCUCUCACAACAUGCGAUGCAUAUCGAUAAUCAUAGAAGGAUGAAUGAUUUUGUUCAAGUGGCUCAAAAUAAUCAGAAGCCUUUUAAUCUUUUCGAUCCAGAAGUUGGUUUUCGCAAUAAUGAUGGAGGAAAUAAUUUGUUUUGA